ACAACAUGGCGUCAAAUCAAAUCAAAACAAACCUAAAACAAUUUUUCGAAAAAAUAUAAGAAAAAACGAUUAUUAGUGACUAAAACCAUAAUGUUUCAGCUAUUUCGACGCGGUAGUCCGUCUCUAGAAAAAAACUGGCCAUUGUCAUUCCGUAGUUUAAGCCAAAAUGAGAGAUUGAAUCUGACUGAUAAAACGUGCCUCUUAUGUAAACUUUUGAAUAAUAAUUCUACUAUUCAAUUUAGGAACCAGUCAUCGUGGGCACCAAAAGUUAAUACAAAAAAGCAGAAAAGAAAAAAAACGAAAAAGAACACUAGCAAAACAUACUCUGAUAUAGUUAUAGUGACAAAAGCCUCCUCUUGUAUAAAAAAGGCCAACAUAACAAGACUGACUCCUUCCGAUUUAAAUGUUCUAACUUCAACGGAUGUUAGUUUAAACGAAUUAUAUAAAAUUAAAAAUGUUAUUGCAAAUGUGGGAGGCUUUUCACCUCAAACCUAUAGCAAUUUGGCCAUUGAAGGUGUGAAAUUCAAUUGCGAAUUGGUUCCUUUACCCAGUGAUAGUAGUAGCCCUAAAAUUAUUAGUAAUGUAAAUAAACCUAAGCUAAGACAAAUUGAAAAUGUUGACAUUUGUGAAGAAUUUGAAUACGAACGCGAUUUGGAAGCUCAAAGCUUGGCCAUUGUCAAAAACUCUUUGCAGCCCGAAGAAAUCGAAGAGAAUUUGAAUUUGACAGAAGAAAUAGAAAAGCAACCCUCAAAAUCUAUUCAACAUCUAAAACAUAGAAAUAUGAUAGCUGCAAAAACUUUAGGAGCCUACAUUGAAGUAUGCAACCAUUUGAGGCGCCCCCAGAAGGGCUUAACUGCUUUGUAUUUUCACCAGAACAGGUCAAGAAAGGAAGUUCAAAAUCGAGUUUCUAGCAUGAAAUCUUUAUCCGUCUAUUACACUUUGUUGAAGGGCUUUGCCGAUAAGGGUGACUAUUAUAAAAUACAGCACGUAUUAGACAUAAUGGAAGCAGAAAAGAUUCGAUUAAAUUUAAAUUGUUAUGUUGCCAUACUUGAGUGUUUAGGCAGAAUAAAUGUGGACAAUUUUUAUUUGAAAGACAUUAGGAUUUAUAUUAAACAAGCCCUAAACCAGGGCAUUAGUUUUGAUGAUAUAAUGAACAAAGGGAUUUUUUUAAAUGACGAAAGAGAACACGUUCUACAAGCCUUGAACGCCUACGAUCCUGAUUACACACCCACUUAUAAUAAACCAACAAUUUGGUAUAACAAUUGUUUAUUGAAUCAUUUAAAUAAUGAAUCUCAACAGACAUUUGAAAUUGCCGAAUCUAAGGGUUACGGAGAAUUAAUUACACAGAGUGCAAUGGAGGAUUUAGUUCAAAAACAAGUAGAAUUGGAAGAAAAAGGUUACAUCACUAUUAAAAGCAUAUUCAACAAUGAUCCUCCAUCGAAAGACAUCAUCCAUUUUCGCUCUGCAUUGAGUGACCACUAUAAAAUGUGGGCUGAAGCAGCUCACCAAGCUUUCCACCGCGACUUGGCUACCCUCACAGCCCAAAGGAACGCUUUCAAUAUGGAACCGUAUUUCCGUUCUAUUCCGGUUAAGGAUUUUGUUGAGAUAAUGGUGCAAGAAUCUACAAAAAUGGCUCAGGGAUCUGAAAGUUAUAGUCCUGAAGUGGUUAUUUUGUAUAAGAUGUUAGGGAUGAAGGUUUAUACUAGAUAUAUGGUUUUGAAGAAACAGAAAACUGGCGUUACGAAAAAAGUUUUAACAAUCCAUUCGAAAUAUUGCCAAAACUACUCGGCCACCCACACAGAAAUGGAAAAGGUACCAACCAGAGAAAAUCUAACCAACCCAAGAAUCCAGUGGCAGUUACUAGAACACUCUCACUGUCACGAGGGCGCAACCUUAAAAAUGGGCCACCUACCUUGGGUACCCUCCACCUUAACAUCUAUAGGCAAAUUUCUGUACCACAUAAUUAUGCACGACUUUAAAAUCGACGUCAACAGCUUGAGGCCUAACUGCAAACAUCAAAAUUUGUUGCCAGCUUUUUACACGAUUUUCCGAAGCCAAGGCCGUAUUGUAAAAGAGGAAAUCAAACCGCAUCCAGUAUUAUCAAAACUGUAUAAGUCUUCACGGCCUGAAACUCUUACAUUUCCAGUUAAUGAAGUUCCUAUGUCUUGUCCGCCAGUACCUUGGACUGCCAUUGAUAACGGAGGUUACAUUAUAGCUCCAACUGAUGUCGUUAGGUUACCAUUUCAAGCGUCCACCCAAAAGAAACGAAUGUCCGAUGCCGAGCCAGCUCAACUCUAUCCGAAUUUUGAUGCACUCAACCAGCUAGCAACGGUGCCUUGGAAAGUCAACACAAAAAUUCUCGAUGUGAUACUGGAAGUAUUCAGGAAUGGUGGUUCCGCAAAGUUAGACGUGCCGGAAGAUCCUUCGUCACUUGGCCCACCUCCAACUGUUACCCCUGAAAUGGAAAAGGCCGAAAGAUAUCAAGUUUUCAAGCAAAAAUUGCAACACACAAGGAAAAAGGGCGAGAUGUACUCGAUGUGGUGCGAUUGUCUAUAUAGAUUGUGUUUGGCAAACCAUUUUCGUGACGACAUCUUCUGGUUGCCACACAACAUGGACUUUAGAGGCCGAGUCUACCCGGUACCGCCCCAUUUGAACCAUUUGGGUUCAGAUUUGGCCCGAUCCAUACUGGUUUUCGCCGAGGCCCGACCUCUAGGCCCUCAAGGACUGGAUUGGUUGAAAAUUCACUUGAUAAAUUUAACCGGUUUGAAAAAGAGAGAUUCUGUGCAAGACCGUUUGGACUAUGCCAACGAGCUUCUGCACCUGAUCCUGGACUCGGCUGAUCAACCUUUAACAGGCCAGAAAUGGUGGGCGGAAUCGGACGAGCCCUGGCAAACUUUGGCUUGUUGCAUUGAAAUCGCUGACGUUAUAAGAUCUGGAAUGGACCCUUCUGAGUAUAUGUCUCAUUUUCCAGUACAUCAGGACGGUAGUUGCAAUGGACUGCAGCACUAUGCUGCUCUCGGUAGAGACAGUGCUGGUGCGUACAGUGUCAACUUGGCACCGAGCGAUACUCCUCAGGAUGUUUACAGUGCUGUCGUGAAUUUGGUGGAAGAGCGAAGGGCCAUAGAUGAAACUGAAGGAGUAGAGAUUGCCAAAAUCCUAAAUGGCUUUAUAAAGAGAAAAGUAAUCAAGCAAACAAUAAUGACGACAGUGUACGGAGUGACUAGAUUUGGUGCUAGAUUGCAAAUAGCUAAACAGCUGAAAGACAUUGAUGAUUUUCCCAAAGAUUAUGUUUGGGCAGCUUCGUCAUAUCUUACAGGUUGCACAUUUGAGUCUCUAAGGACAAUGUUCACUUCAACAAGAGAGAUCCAAGACUGGUUUACAGAGUGUGCUCGACUUAUUUCUGGAACUGGUGGCCAUUUGGUUGAAUGGGUUACACCUAUGGGUCUUCCAGUGGUACAACCCUAUAUUAAAUAUAAAAAACCUUCCAUGCCUUCUGGGUAUGAGGGUUUUCCUCUGGAUCAGUUUGAGAGACCCAAUGUGAUGAAGCAAAAAAACGCGUUUCCGCCAAAUUUUAUUCAUUCACUAGAUUCCAGUCAUAUGAUGCUGACUUCUUUGCAUUGUGAAAGAGCUGGGAUUACUUUUGUUUCGGUGCACGAUUGUUAUUGGACUCACCCUUCCACUAUUCAUAUAAUGAAUAAGAUAUGUCGAGAACAAUUUGUGGCCCUUCAUUCACAGCCAAUUUUGGAAAAUUUAUCAGUCUACCUUUAUGAUCUUUACGCCUAUGAUGAGAAAAAUAUAAAUUGCGAUGGAUCUAGUUUGGAGCUGAGCAAAAAGAAACUGAACAAGAUCAUGAGGCAGUUACCGAAAAAGGGCGAUUUCAACAUCAAAAAAGUUUUAAAUUCAGUUUAUUUUUUCAGUUGAAUAAAUAAAGCCUUUUUUAUUGUUUUAGGAAUUUAUUUUAUUAAAAAAAAACCUCAUACAUUUUUUUUUUUAACCAAUUUAACACCGUCAUUAUUAUUAUUAUGUGCAAGAAAAAUUAAGGCACGUUAUAAAAAUACAAUACACUGGCCUAAAAACCACGAUAUUAAAUAUCAAUUCUUACAAUGUUUAUAACAGGAAUACUUACAAAGAUAGUUAUUAAUUUGAUAAUAAUAAUAAUAAUAAAAAUGAUUGAGCCACACACUUGUUUUGGAUAAAAUUUCACAGGAUUCAACAAGCGAAAAUAACAAAAUUAUAAAAUAAUAAUUAUAUCACAUCAUGUAGUGACUACAACAAUAUUUACUAGAUAACACAGUUAUAAGGUUACUCUAUGCAAAAUUGUUGUGAGAUAGCAAUAAUUAUAUCAAAAAUAUCCCACAAUAAACUUAAAACGGAGCACCUUUUUUUGUCUCAAUAAUAUUUAACUUUGCGGCAGUAAAAAAAUUAUCGAGAAGAUAUAAAGUGGCUUUUCGAUAUGUACAACAUACAUUAUUUUUCGGAUAUGCACAAAAGGAUAUGAUAUUUACAUUAUGAUGUUUUUCUGAGCGAAUUAUUGUUACUUUCAUAAUAAAUCACGGCUAUAAGACAAUUUGGGAAUUUAGUCAAAUCCAGGAAGUAGUUGAGGGUAAGUUGAUCUAAGAUCUCAAAAGGAGCUUGAGAGCAGAUCCUUUGAUAUUGGCAUGAUACCGACAAGACACCAGCGGGCCAAUUAUCUUAAAAUUUUGAUAUAACUCAAGACACCCUGAUUUUAAUACAGAGGAAAAACUUGAAAUUUAUGGGUAUUCUUUUGGAUACAGAGGGACAACUCUCAACUAAAAAAAAACCUACUGCAUACACAAUCCAUAAUUUGUUAUAGAACAAAAAAAAGUUAUGAAAUUCUGGAAUGGUUCUUCAUUGUAUGAAACAAGCUCAGUUUUUGAGCAAUGAGAACUACUGAUAUUGAAGAUAUUCUUCUUUCUUAAAGUAUCUUGUCUGUUGGCAGUCAUCAAAGUUUUACCGUUUAAUGCUGGUAAUGUCAUUGUCGGUAAAAGUAUGUCCUCAGACCAGACCUUAUGAGAUAGACCUAUAAAAACCGCGAUAAUUUGACACUGAAAAGUUUACUAAACUAGGUCUGUCCCAAAGGGAAAUUUGAUUGGAGCUGGAACAGACCUAUACUUAUUUCGAGGCAAUUAAUUUACCAUUAGGAACUUUAUUAAUUAGAAAUAAAUUGCCUCAAUAAAAGAAUCGUUACUUUUAUCUAGAAUUCAGCAAGUCUGUUUUAUUGUGAUGUUUUGAAAAUGUUGCAAGCUAACGGGGAUUCAUCACGAAUAUUCAAUUCCUUCUUCAACAAAAUCAAGCAGCUUCCUUUCCCCUAAGUUUUGCGUUUUUCUUCCAGCCCUCUAUUUCCAGUUUAAUAUAAAAAGGGCAUGUGUACUGUGUAGGCACCUACCCUACAGACUUACGGUACCUUAGAUCUAGAAAAUUUAAAAAUACUUACAAAAAAAUAAAAAUAUUCAUAUAAAGACAACAUACACAUAUCAUUUAAGUACAUAAUUUUUUUUCUAUACCCUACCUAAUUUAUUUACAAAAUUAAAAAAAACUUAAAGGGUGAGUUUUUCAAGAAUUUAGUAUUCAGAUAAAAGCAUUCUAAAUUAUCACCAUUUGGCCAGCUAAAUAUCCAGACCUGACACCCUUAGAUAAUUCCUUUAUGAAGUUAUUAUUUGAUUUGGUCUAAAAAACUCAUCGCAAUAUAUACUAUAUGUUUAAUAGAAUGUAAAUAUAUUGAGCAGAUUAAUUUAUAAUAUGAUGAUACCAGUCAGGGAUAUGUUUUAAUUUAAUUAAUUAUUGAUAUUUUCAUCAUCAUAUUGUCCAAUUAAUUAAACAAUAUUGGACUAAAAGUUACUAUACAUAUAAAGGAAUGUUUGAAUAAUAACGACUGAAUAUUAUUAUACAACAAAAACAAAAUAUAAAAAUAUCACUAGUACUAGCAGGCAUAAUAAAAGUCACAUUGUCAAAUAGUCCACAAUCCGGCUAUUAUAAUUCUAAAUUGAAAAGAGGUCCAUCAUAUACGCGCACAAAAACUACAGUUUGGAUUUGUCGUAAUUUUCCAUGUCCCAUCUUUGAUGGGACGAAUUCGAAUCGCAAUGUUCCAUCACUAUUUUGGUUUUGGCCACGUUGAUCGCCAUGCACUUGUCGCUGCUGCCGUGCCGUAUCAGUUUGGUGAGAUUGUCGUAGUUCCAGAACUGGUUCCCUUUGCUGCCGUGGCACGGGUACAGAAUGACUUCUUGUCCGCUGUAGUCCAGGCAGGACUCGUCCCGACGGAUUUCGCCGUUUUUGCUGAACAGCCAGAACUGGAAAGAAAAAUGGCUGGUGUAAGAUGGAUGAGGUUG